AUGGCUUCACAGGUCAGAGAAACUUUUAAUCUUGACUCACUGACAAAUGCCCUUCAAUUAGACAAUCUAGAGUUUAUUCCUAAACAGCAUUCUGCUGUGAAAUUUGGAGAAGACAUCGAUACCUCACCAUGUGCUCAGCUUAACUUUCCACCAAAUGGCAAUGGCUCAUUGGCAAAGGAGGAAUUACAGACACUCUGGGAGAUGUUUACUGCAUGGUUGCAACCUGAAAAGCAGAGCAAGGAGCAGAUGAUUUCUCAAUUGGUCUUGGAGCAGUUUCUCAUCACUGGGCACUGCAAGGACAAGUUUGCCUUGAAAGAGAACUGGGAAUCAAGUGGAAGAAAUAUGGGGAGAUUCAUGGAGGGGCUGACUGAUGAGUGCUUGAAGCCUCCUACCAUGGUCUGUGUCUCGAUGCAGGGGCAGACAGCCCUUUUUUCUGAAAACAUGCCCUUAAAAGAAGUCAUCAAACAUUUGAAACAACAGCAAGCAACAGCAAUGCCAAAACAAACGAAUUUACAGACACACUUGCAGAGACCCCAAGACAUGUUCAUGGAAACAGGAAAUGAGAACACUGGAGAUACCUGCAACAAUCCAUGGAAUGCUAGUGAAAGAAAUAGUGGUGUUAAUAGUUCUGGAGAGAAGAGGAGUCCUCUUCUCAUUAUCCAAAUAGAUCAGUAUGCUGAGCCUAAAGCUAAAGCUGUUUCUUAUGCAGUCACCCAGAGUGCCAGAAAGACAACUGAAGUCACUUCCAAGUACCCAAUAGAGUCCCUGAGGACAUGCUUCUCUCAAACUGUCCCUACCGAGGUAAAACCAGGAUUAUUCUCUAGGCCACACAGGACUAAAAAUAGUGAUGAUGGCUGUUACAGUUCCUCAAAUGCUCAUGAAGGAAAUCAUGGUGUUAGCAGUCCUGCAAAUGAGAAGGUUUCUUUUCCAAAUCAGGCAGAUGAGUUGAAAGACAGCAGCACUUCUUAUGGAGUCACCGAGUGUUUAAUAAGAGCCACUCAAGGCACCUCCAGGCCCCUAGAAUAUUCCUUAAGGACACCUUCUUCAGAAGAUGCCCCAGUGGAGGUACUAGGGUUCCUUACCAGGCCAGACCUUCCUCCCUCUGUGACUUUACAACUUUUACAAAGCAAUAAGGUAAACUCUACCUGUGAAGUUCAUCAAGAGAGAAUCCAGAAAGACCUCAAUACAUACACAAGUGGUGAAUGUCCCCAAACCUUUAAAUAUCCCUAUAAUCAUUCAGCACGCCAGAAAAAAACCAGAAAGAAGAGGUCAUUUUUCUGUUCCGAAUGUCAUAAAGGCUUCUAUAGUCAAUCAGACCUUCGAGUUCAUGAGAUCAUCCAUAAGGAAGAGAAGCCUUUUGAAUGUCAUAUAUGCAAAAGACCCUUCAGCCACAAGACAAACUUGAAGGCUCAUGAGAGGAUUCACACUGGAGAAAAGCCCUACACCUGCUUUCUGUGUAACAAAAGCUUCUGCCAGUCAUCCACAUACCACCGUCACAUGAGAAAUUGCCACAAAUUUCACUGA